CUCUCUCCUCCUCUCCUCUCCUCUCCUCUCCUCUCUCUCCCUCCUCCCCAUCACCUCACCUCGCCGCCGCCCUCGUUCAACCCUCUUUCUCUUUCCUUUCCUUUUUUUUGGCCACUACGUUCCCCUCUGCGGGUUCAUUACACUCUUUCGGCUUUCCAACCCAUCCUUUUGAAUUCAAGUCACUCCUUUGGGCCCACUUUGCCGCCAUACACUCUUUCGAUCGAGCCUCUUUUCCCGGAUCCUUCAAGCUCCCUUCCUAGCUUUCGAAUCCCAUACCAUUCUUUUUCCUGCCAGAUACAGCGAAUCCUUUUCCAUCACACUUCUCAACCUUUGAUUCUCUCGGUUCUAUCGAUUUAUACCUAUACUUUGUCGAGUCGACACCACUAUACACAUUUGGGAGAACCACCACACUCAUUCAAUUAUUGCAACAUCGGCCUAUAAGGAGAUCUACAUUAUCAAGCGAACAAUAAGGAACACUCGCGUACGGAGGCACUCUUACUCGAACCCAGCUCUGCGUGAGGAAACAUGGCCCAGGACACGAAGCCCGACAUGGCGGAACUGGCGCAGGAGGAUGCGGCGAUCAAGAUGUCCUCAACGCCAUCCCCAACCGCGUCAAAUCCAGCCAGCAGCUCAUCCGCACACCGAAGACCCUCACGGAAGAGUACUUUGACCCAGCAGCAGAAAAAUCGGAAGAGACAACGUGCGACGCAAGACCAAUUGGCCACGCUGGAGUUGGAAUUUAACAAGAACCCCACGCCAACGGCCACAGUCAGAGAACGAAUUGCGGAGGAUAUAAAUAUGACUGAGCGAUCUGUACAGAUCUGGUUCCAGAACAGGUGUGCUCCAUGCGAUCUAGACAGCCAGAAAAGAAACUGA